AAAAUAUUUUGUUCAUAAGAGACCUGGCCUUCAGCCAUGGAGACUCAGUCUUUUCUUUUCUGCGUGGCAGUUUUAACAGUCACUGCAGUCAGCGGAUGUCCAAUAGGGCGUGAAUUCAUCACUGCUUUUAUGACAAAUUACCAAUAUGGAAAAGCCACUCCGACUCUCUCCAUAACAGCACAGGAUUCCCCAGCCACUGUGAAAGUUGAGAUAAAGGCACUGAGUUACAGUGAAAAUGUGAACAUAGGACGAGGUGAGACCAAACGGAUUGUCCUGCCAGCAAAUACUGAGAUGGAAGGUGAUGGAGUCUACCGCAAGACUGUUUCCAUCUCUUCUACUGCUCAUAUCUCGGUUGUAUCAUCCAACUUAAAGGAAUACACCGGAGACAGCAGUGUGAUCUUCCCGAUAAAUCAACUUGGCAAGAGUUAUGUAGUUUUUACUCCAAACACGGGUCCAAGUCCAUAUAAAAAGCUGGUAGCCAUAAUCAAUGGCAAUUAUAUGAACACAAUUGAGAUCGUCUCCAUUUCAGGAUUUUUUUGGAAAGCCACGAAGAGCAAAACCAUCACUUUGGCUCCAUACGAAGUUUAUCAACUUCGCAGUCUGGAAAAUUUGUCUGGAACGAAAAUCCAAUCCACGUCUCCAGUAGCUGUCCUGGCCGGACACGAGUGCUCCAUGAUCAUAGGCACCUGUGAGCAUGUCUAUGAGCAGCUGGUACCAAUUGAGUCUCUCUCCAACGAAUACCUGGUCCCUGCAAUGCAUCAGUCCUUCAGCCAAGACACAGCAUAUGUGGUUGCCCCAGAGGACAACACUGUUGUGUCCAUUUUCAAUAGGCAUAAGUAUCCCCAAAAAAGAAAGCUAAAUUCUGGAGAAGUUUUAGCUGUUGAUGUGAGCAGAAAUGCUAAGCUCAUCCAAAGUAGCAAAAACAUCAUGGUAAUGUAUUUCAGUAGCAAUUUUCCAAAUGAUGAGUUUCUGACCAAUGUCAUACCAACCUCUGAGAUGUCAAAAUCAUGGACCAUUUACUCUCAAGAUGGCUAUGAUAACACUGUUGUUGUAGUUGCUGAAGCAGCAUCAGCCUCCACUAUCAGCGGUUCACUGAAAUGGAAAACGUUCCCUGCUAAUGACAAAUUUGUAUGGGCUACCAAGUCGAUUGGUUCGCAGAAAGGUCCCAUCACCAUAUCAGGUGAUUCGCUGAUGGCUGCUUAUGUUUUUGGUGGGAAACCAAGGCAUGGAUAUGCCACAACAGGAGUGUGUAACACAGUUUUUACGUCAACACCGCCUCCACCAGACCCCUGUGAGACUGUUAAGUGCCGUCAGCAGGAAGAGUGCAGAAAGGGUGUCUGCGUCCCCACUUCCACUGCCACAUGUCAGGCAGUUGGCGAUCCUCAUUACAAAACAUUUGAUGGAAAAUUAUUUGACUUUCAGGGAACUUGUACUUACAUCAUGGCAAACAAUACAAAGCCUCAAAAAGGCCUUGCACCAUUUACUAUCUUGGCAAAGAAUAAUCACCGGGGAAGUAAAAGGGUGGCAUAUGUAAGGACGGUUUCUGUCCUUGUGUACAAUCACACCGUGGUGGCUGGCAGCCAAAGAGGAGUAGUGGAGUUUGAUGGCGAAAAUACUUACCUGCCUUUGACUAUAGAUGGUGGCAAAAUAAAAGUGGAUCAGAGGGGAUGGAAUGUUAUUAUAUCAACGGAUUUUGGCUUAGAGGUUAAAUAUGACUGGAAUAUGAUGUUGUAUAUCACAGCUCCAAGCAGCUAUUUCCAGACUGUAGGUGGUCUUUGUGGAAACUAUAAUGGUGACCGAAGAGAUGAAUAUAUUGAUCCCAAAGGCAAGGUGCUCUCCAAUGUCAUUGAGUUUGCCAAGACCUGGAAAGUUCCAGAUAAUGAUUUGUUUUGUAAUGAUGACUGUAAUGGACAAUGCCCAAGUUGCUCUUUAAAUCUUCAAGAGGAGUACAAAAAAGAAACAAACUGUGGUGUCAUGGCUAAAACUGAUGGGCCAUUUGCUAGUUGCCACAACACUGUGGAUCCCCACAUGUAUGUAGAGAAUUGUGUCUAUGAUGUCUGUAUUAACAACGGUAUCAGAAACUUCCUCUGCAACAACAUUCAAAGCUACGUUGAUGCUUGCAUGUCAGCUGGAAUCAAAAUCACUGGAAUGUGGAGGACACUUUCCAACUGCCCUCUGGACUGUCCAGUCAAUAUGCAUUAUGAUGCCUGUGGCACUGCCUGUGCCCCCUCUUGUGUUGAUCGAGAUGCCCCAGACAAGUGCACACUGCCAUGUGUGGACGGCUGCCAGUGCAAUGCAGGUUUUGUCCGCAGUGGAGAUGAAUGCAUACCUGUAAAAAAGUGUGGCUGCACUUACAAAGGCCGAUAUUAUCUAGCUGAGCAGAUAUUUUGGAGUGACAAUAAAUGCACAGAGAAAUGUGUGUGCAACCCUCAAACUGGAAAGGUUGAUUGUACAAUGACAAAAUGUAAGAAGUCCCAAGUGUGUGACACACGUAAUGGAGUGAGAGAUUGUUACCCAAUGUCCUAUAGUACCUGCCAGGGUGCAGGGGAUCCACACUACCGCACAUUUGAUGGUAAAGCCUUUGAUUUCCAAGGAACCUGUACCUAUUAUUUGUCCAAGCUACUCAAUACAGCUGACCCAUCAUUGAUACCUUUUGAGGUGCUGGUCAAGAAUGAGAACAGAGGAAGAAACAUGGCAGUUGCUUACACUAAGACUGUUUCCUUAACAGUCUAUGGAUACACGAUUGUCUUAAGUAAAGAUGACCCAGGCAAAGUGAAGGUCAACAAUCUGUAUGUGAAUUUGCCAUUUGAACAAGAUGGCCGAUUCUCCAUAUUCCGCAGUGGGUACUUUGGUGUGAUAAAAACUGACUUUGAUCUGACAUUGAAAUUCAACUGGGAUAGCCACGUAGCACUGACUCUCCCCAGCACUUAUUACAGUCAAGUGGGGGGGCUUUGCGGCAACUGGAAUGACAAUGUCAAUGAUGAUUUGCUUACUCCUGACAAAACCCUUGCUGCAACCCCAACCAUUUUUGGAACCAGCUGGAAAGUCAAGAAUGACCCUGGAUGCUCAGAUGGAUGUCAGGGCAAAGCAUGUCCUAAAUGUGAUGCCAUGGAGAGAAACAAAGUCACUUUUAUAAAGCCUUGCAGCAAGAUCACUGACAAACAGGGACCAUUUAAAGGCUGCCAUAAUAAAGUGAAUCCAAAUCAGUUUUAUGAGGAUUGUGUGUAUGAUAUGUGUAUGUACGGUGGUCAUUCGUCAGCACUCUGCAGUGCUCUUACUGCAUACACAGCUGCUUGUCAAGAUGCACUUGGCCAAGUGGAAUCCUGGAGAACCGACAGUUUCUGCCCUGCAUCCUGUAUGGACAACAGCCACUAUGAAGUUUGUGCAACAGGAUGUUCCCAGACGUGCCGUGGCCUUACUGAGCCCAAGGGCUGUGAAGGGACUCCCUGCAUUGAAGGCUGUAUUUGUGAUGAGGGCUUUGUCCUGAGUGAUGGUGAAUGUGUGCCUAUGGAACAGUGUGGCUGUUCUUACGAGGGCCAAUACUAUCAACUGAGUCAGGAAUUCUUCCCUCAGGACAAGUGCCAGCAGAGAUGUGUCUGCAAAGAGAAUGGAAGAGUUCAGUGUAAUGAUGGAUUCACCUGCAAACCAAACCAGAAGUGCCAGGUUCUGAAUGGAGUUCUGGGCUGUUUCCCAGAGAGCAAAGCCAUUUGCUCAGUGUCAGGCUUUGGGCUUUAUCAGACAUUUGAUGGGAAGUCCUUCACUGUUGAAGGAGACUGUGAGUAUAGAUUGGCAGAGACAGCUCAGAACAAGGAUGAGGACAUGAACUCUUUCAGUGUAUUAGUCAAACAGCAGUCCUCCUCUGAGAUAGUCUUUACUCGAAGAGUGGAAAUACAAAUAGAACAAUCCACGAUUACUUUGCUGCCCGGCCACAUCUGGGAGGUUCAGGUGGACAAUGUUAAAACCAAUCUCCCCGUGACUGUGGAGGAAGGACUGGCACAAGUCUAUCAGAGCGGUGUUAACAUUGUUGUGGAAACAGAUUUUGGAUUGAAACUGACAUAUGAUACAGUCUCCAUGGCCAAAAUCGAGAUCCCGUCCACUUUUAAAAAUGUAGUCAAAGGUCUCUGUGGUAACUACAAUGGAAACAGCGCAGAUGAUUUUCUUCUGUCAGGUGGUAUUCAGACAUCUUCCGUGGUAGAUUUUGCUGAGUCCUGGGUUUCGCCAUCAGACAAACUGAUGUGCCAAACAAUUUGUGGCUCCAAAUGUUUAAAUCCGGACAAAGACAAACAGACAGAGGCAGAAACAGCUUGCAGUAUGCUAAUCACAGAGAAGGGACCAUUUUCUGAUUGUUACGAAAAAAUUCCACCUCAGAAAUUCUUUGAUGAAUGCGUUAAAGAUGUGGCAGCACAACCAAAAGACAAGACUGUUCACUGUCGCCACAUACAAAGGUAUGUUGCCAGCUGUCAAGAGAUUGGGAGGUCAAUCAACAGCUGGAGGAAUAAAACCUUCUGUCCACUCACAUGUUUCAAAAACAGUCACUAUGAACUCUGCGCUGACACCUGUUCCUCGACCUGUGCAAGCCUGACAAAGUCACAGAAAUGCCCAAUGUGUCAGGAAGGAUGUCAGUGUGAUGAUGGCUUUUUGUUUGAUGGAGGUGAAUGUACGACUUUGGAUGAUUGUGGUUGUAAUAUAAAUGGAAAGUUUUACAAGUCUGGUGAGACAGUCAUUCGGGGAGAGUGUGAAGAGAAAUGCUUCUGCAAAGCCGGAGAGUUCUCCUGUGAACCCUUGGAAUGUACUGAAGAUCAGAUCUGUGGCAAAAAAGAUGGCGCCAUUGGGUGCUACAGCAAAGCAACUUACUGUCCAGUCAACAUGCAUUAUGAUGCCUGCGGCACUGCCUGUGCCCCCUCUUGUGCUGAUCGAGUUGGUCCUGCUGAGUGCACACUGCCAUGUGUGGACGGCUGCCAGUGCAAUGCAGGUUUUGUCCGCAGUGGAGAUGAAUGCAUACCUGUGAAAAAGUGUGGCUGCACUUACAAAGGCCGAUAUUAUCUAGCUGAGCAGACAUUUUGGGGUGAGAAACAAUGCACAGAGAAAUGUGUGUGCAACCCUCAAACUGGAAAUGUUGAAUGCACACCAACAAAGUGUAAGAAUCCCCUAGUGUGUGGCACACGGAACGGAGUAAAAGAUUGUUACCCAAUGUCCUAUAGUACCUGCCAGGGUGCAGGGGAUCCACACUACCGCACAUUUGAUGGUAAAGCCUUUGAUUUCCAAGGAACCUGUACCUAUUAUUUGUCCAAGCUACUCAAUACAGCUGACCCAUCAUUGAUACCUUUUGAGGUGCUGGUCAAGAAUGAGAACAGAGGAAGAAACAUGGCAGUUGCUUACACUAAGACUGUUUCCUUAACAGUCUAUGGAUACACAAUUGUCUUAAGUAAGGAAAGCCCACGCAAAGUGAAGGUCAACAACCUGUAUGUGAAAUUGCCAUUUGACCUAGAAGAUGGUCGACUUUCAAUAUUCUACAGUGGGUACUUUGGCGUGAUAAAAACUGACUUUGAUCUGACAUUGAAAUUCAACUGGGAUAGCCACGUAGCACUGACUCUCCCCAGCACUUACUACAGUCAAGUGGGGGGGCUUUGCGGCAACUGGAAUGACAAUGUCAAUGAUGAUUUGCUUACUCUUGACAACACCCUUGCUUCAAACCUAACCAUUUUUGGAACCAGCUGGAAAGUCAAGGAUGACCCUGGAUGCUCAGAUGGAUGUCAGGGCAAAGCAUGUCCUAAAUGUGAAGCCACCGAGAGAAACCAAGUCACUUUUACAAAGCCUUGCAGCAAGAUCACUGACAAACAGGGACCAUUCAAAGGCUGCCAUAAUAAAGUGAAUCCAAAUCAGUUUUAUGAGGAUUGUGUGUAUGAUAUGUGUAUGUACGGUGGUCAUUCGUCAGCACUCUGCAGUGCUCUUACUGCAUACACAGCUGCUUGUCAAGAUGCACUUGGCCAAGUGGAAUCCUGGAGAACCGACAGUUUAUGCCCUACAAACUGUAAGGCACACAGCCACUAUGAGGUUUGUGCGACAGGAUGCCCGCAGACGUGCCGUGGCCUCACUGAGCCCAAGAGCUGUAUGGGAACUCCCUGUGUUGAAGGUUGCACAUGUGACAAAGGCUUUGUCCUGAGCGAUGGUGAGUGUGUGGCUGCUAAGCAGUGUGGCUGUACUGAGAAGGGUCAGUACUAUCAGCUGGGUCAGGAAUUCUUCCCUCAGGAAAAGUGCCAGCAGAGAUGUGUCUGCAAAGAGAAUGGAAGAGUUCAGUGUAAUGAUGGAUUCACCUGCAAACCAAACCAGAAGUGCCAGGUUCUGAAUGGAGUUCUGGGUUGUUUCCCAGAGAGCAAAGCCAUUUGCUCAGUGUCAGGCUUUGGGCUUUAUCAGACAUUCGAUGGGAAGUCCUUCACUGUUGAAGGAGACUGUGGGUAUAGAUUGGCAGAGACAGCUCAGAACAAGGAUGAGGACAUGAACUCUUUCAGUGUAUUAGUCAAACAGCAGUCCUCCUCUGAGAUAGUCUUUACUCGAAGAGUGGAAAUACAAAUAAAACAAUCCACGAUUACUUUGCUGCCCGGCCACAUCUGGGAGGUUCAGGUGAACAACGUUAAAACCAAUCUCCCUGUGACUGUGAAUGAUGGACUGGUACAAGUCUAUCAGAGCGGUGUUAACAUUGUUGUGGAAACAGAUUUUGGAUUGAAACUGACAUACGAUACAGUCUCCAUGGCCAAAAUCGAGAUCCCGUCCACUUUUAAAAAUGUAGUCAAAGGUCUCUGUGGUAACUACAAUGGAAACAGCGCAGAUGAUUUUCUUUUGUCAGGUGGUAUUCAGACAUCUUCCGUGGUAGAUUUUGCUGAGUCCUGGGUUUCACCAUCAGACAAACUGAUGUGCCAAACAAUUUGUGGCCCCAAAUGUUUAAAUCCGGACAAAGACAAACAGACAGAGGCAGAAACAGCUUGCAGUAUGCUAAUCGCAGAGAAGGGACCAUUUUCUGGUUGUUACGAAAAAAUUCCACCUCAGAAAUUCUUCGAUGAAUGUGUUAAAGAUGUGGCAGCACAACCAAAAGACAAGACUGUUCACUGUCGCCACAUACAAAGGUAUGUUGCCAGCUGUCAAGAGAUUGGGACAUCAAUCAACAACUGGAGGAAUAAAACCUUCUGUCCACUCGAGUGUUCGGCAAACAGUCACUAUGAGCUUUGUGCUGACACUUGUUCUUCAACCUGCGCCAGCCUGACUAACUCACAGGAUUGUUCACCAUGUCAGGAAGGAUGUCAGUGUGAUGAUGGCUUCUUGUUUGAUGGAGGUGAAUGUAAGACUUUGCAGGACUGUGGUUGUAAUGUAGAUGGAAAGUUUUACAAGUCAGGUGAGACAGUCAUUCAAGGACAGUGUAAAGAGAAAUGCCUCUGCAAAGCCGGAGUGUUCUCCUGUGAACCAUUGAAAUGUGAUGCAGAUCAGAUCUGUGGCAAAAAAGAAGGUGCCAUUGGGUGCUACAACAAAGCAACUUACUGUCCAGUCAACAUGCAUUAUGAUGCCUGCGGCACUGCCUGUGCCCCCUCUUGUGCUGAUCGAGAUGCCCCAGACAAGUGCACACUGCCAUGUGUGGACGGCUGCCAGUGCAAUGCAGGUUUUGUCCGCAGUCUAGAUGAAUGCAUACCUGUAAAAAAGUGCGGCUGCACUUACAAAGGCCAAGUUUAUCUAGCAGAGCAGACAUUUUGGGGUGAGAAACAAUGCACAGAAAAAUGUGUGUGCAACCCUCAAACUGGAAAUGUUGAAUGCACACCAUCAAAGUGUAAGAAUCCCCUAGUGUGUGACACACAGAAUGGAGUGAAAGAUUGUUACCCAAUGUCCUAUAGUACCUGCCAGGGUGCAGGGGAUCCACACUACCGCACAUUUGAUGGUAAAGCCUUUGAUUUCCAAGGAACCUGUACCUAUUAUUUGUCCAAGCUACUCAAUACAGCUGACCCAUCAUUGAUACCUUUUGAGGUGCUGGUCAAGAAUGAGAACAGAGGAAGAAACAUGGCAGUUGCUUACACUAAGACUGUAUCCUUAACAGUCUAUGGAUACACAAUUGUCUUAAGUAAGGAAAGCCCACGCAAAGUGAAGGUCAACAACCUGUAUGUGAAAUUGCCAUUUGAACUAGAAGAUGGUCGACUUUCAAUAUUCUACAGUGGGUACUUUGGCGUGAUAAAAACUGACUUUGAUCUGACAUUGAAAUUCAACUGGGAUAGCCACGUAGCACUGACUCUCCCCAGCACUUACUACAGUCAAGUCGGGGGGCUUUGCGGCAACUGGAAUGACAAUGUCAAUGAUGAUUUGCUUACUCCUGGCAAAACUCUUGCUGCAACCCCAACCAUUUUUGGAACCAGCUGGAAAGUCAAGGAUGACCCUGGAUGCUCAGAUGGAUGUCAGGGCAAAGCAUGUCCUAAAUGUGACGCCACCGAGAGAAACCAAGUCACUUUUACAAAGCCUUGCAGCAAGAUCACUGACAAACAGGGACCAUUCAAAGGCUGCCAUAAUAAAGUGAAUCCAAAUCAGUUUUAUGAGGAUUGUGUGUAUGAUAUGUGUAUGUAUGGUGGUCAUUCGUCAGCACUCUGCAGUGCUCUUACUGCAUACACAGCUGCUUGUCAAGAUGCACUUGGCCAAGUUGAAUCCUGGAGAACCGACAGUUUAUGCCCUACAAACUGUAAGGCACACAGCCACUAUGAGGUUUGUGCGACAGGAUGCCCGCAGACGUGCCGUGGCCUCACUGAGCCCAAGAGCUGUAUGGGAACUCCCUGUGUUGAAGGUUGCACAUGUGACAAAGGCUUUGUCCUGAGCGAUGGUGAGUGUGUGGCUGCUGAGCAGUGUGGCUGUACUGAGAAGGGUCAGUACUAUCAGCUGGGUCAGGAAUUCUUCCCUCAGGACAAGUGCCAGCAGAGAUGUGUCUGCAAAGAGAAUGGAAGAGUUCAGUGUAAUGAUGGAUUCACCUGCAAACCAAACCAGAAGUGCCAGGUUCUGAAUGGAGUUCUGGGUUGUUUCCCAGAGAGCAAAGCCAUUUGCUCAGUGUCAGGCUUUGGGCUUUAUCAGACAUUCGAUGGGAAGUCCUUCACUGUUGAAGGAGACUGUGGGUAUAGAUUGGCAGAGACAGUUCAGAACAAGGUUGAGGACAUGAACUCUUUCAGUGUAUUAGUCAAACAGCAGUCCUCCUCUGAGAUAGUCUUUACUCGAAGAGUGGAAAUACAAAUAAAACAAUCCACGAUUACUUUGCUGCCCGGCCACAUCUGGGAGGUUCAGGUGAACAACGUUAAAACCAAUCUCCCUGUGACUGUGAAUGAUGGACUGGUACAAGUCUAUCAGAGCGGUGUUAACAUUGUUGUGGAAACAGAUUUUGGAUUGAAACUGACAUACGAUACAGUCUCCAUGGCCAAAAUCGAGAUCCCGUCCACUUUUAAAAAUGUAGUCAAAGGUCUCUGUGGUAACUACAAUGGAAACAGCGCAGAUGAUUUUCUUUUGUCAGGUGGUAUUCAGACAUCUUCCGUGGUAGAUUUUGCUGAGUCCUGGGUUUCGCCAUCAGACAAACUGAUGUGCCAAACAAUUUGUGGCCCCAAAUGUUUAAAUCCGGACAAAGACAAACAGACAGAGGCAGAAACAGCUUGCAGUAUGCUAAUCGCAGAGAAGGGACCAUUUUCUGGUUGUUACGAAAAAAUUCCACCUCAGAAAUUCUUCGAUGAAUGUGUUAAAGAUGUGGCAGCACAACCAAAAGACAAGACUGUUCACUGUCGCCACAUACAAAGGUAUGUUGCCAGCUGUCAAGAGAUUGGGACAUCAAUCAACAACUGGAGGAAUAAAACCUUCUGUCCACUCGAGUGUUCGGCAAACAGUCACUAUGAGCUUUGUGCUGACACUUGUUCUUCAACCUGCGCCAGCCUGACUAACUCACAGGAUUGUUCACCAUGUCAGGAAGGAUGUCAGUGUGAUGAUGGCUUCUUGUUUGAUGGAGGUGAAUGUAAGACUUUGCAGGACUGUGGUUGUAAUGUAGAUGGAAAGUUUUACAAGUCAGGUGAGACAGUCAUUCAAGGACAGUGUAAAGAGAAAUGCCUCUGCAAAGCCGGAGUGUUCUCCUGUGAACCAUUGAAAUGUGAUGCAGAUCAGAUCUGUGGCAAAAAAGAAGGUGCCAUUGGGUGCUACAACAAAGCAACUUACUGUCCAGUCAACAUGCAUUAUGAUGCCUGCGGCACUGCCUGUGCCCCCUCUUGUGCUGAUCGAGAUGCCCCAGACAAGUGCACACUGCCAUGUGUGGACGGCUGCCAGUGCAAUGCAGGUUUUGUCCGCAGUCUAGAUGAAUGCAUACCUGUAAAAAAGUGCGGCUGCACUUACAAAGGCCAAGUUUAUCUAGCAGAGCAGACAUUUUGGGGUGAGAAACAAUGCACAGAAAAAUGUGUGUGCAACCCUCAAACUGGAAAUGUUGAAUGCACACCAUCAAAGUGUAAGAAUCCCCUAGUGUGUGACACACAGAAUGGAGUGAAAGAUUGUUACCCAAUGUCCUAUAGUACCUGCCAGGGUGCAGGGGAUCCACACUACCGCACAUUUGAUGGUAAAGCCUUUGAUUUCCAAGGAACCUGUACCUAUUAUUUGUCCAAGCUACUCAAUACAGCUGACCCAUCAUUGAUACCUUUUGAGGUGCUGGUCAAGAAUGAGAACAGAGGAAGAAACAUGGCAGUUGCUUACACUAAGACUGUAUCCUUAACAGUCUAUGGAUACACAAUUGUCUUAAGUAAGGAAAGCCCACGCAAAGUGAAGGUCAACAACCUGUAUGUGAAAUUGCCAUUUGAACUAGAAGAUGGUCGACUUUCAAUAUUCUACAGUGGGUACUUUGGCGUGAUAAAAACUGACUUUGAUCUGACAUUGAAAUUCAACUGGGAUAGCCACGUAGCACUGACUCUCCCCAGCACUUACUACAGUCAAGUCGGGGGGCUUUGCGGCAACUGGAAUGACAAUGUCAAUGAUGAUUUGCUUACUCCUGGCAAAACUCUUGCUGCAACCCCAACCAUUUUUGGAACCAGCUGGAAAGUCAAGGAUGACCCUGGAUGCUCAGAUGGAUGUCAGGGCAAAGCAUGUCCUAAAUGUGACGCCACCGAGAGAAACCAAGUCACUUUUACAAAGCCUUGCAGCAAGAUCACUGACAAACAGGGACCAUUCAAAGGCUGCCAUAAUAAAGUGAAUCCAAAUCAGUUUUAUGAGGAUUGUGUGUAUGAUAUGUGUAUGUAUGGUGGUCAUUCGUCAGCACUCUGCAGUGCUCUUACUGCAUACACAGCUGCUUGUCAAGAUGCACUUGGCCAAGUUGAAUCCUGGAGAACCGACAGUUUAUGCCCUACAAACUGUAAGGCACACAGCCACUAUGAGGUUUGUGCGACAGGAUGCCCGCAGACGUGCCGUGGCCUCACUGAGCCCAAGAGCUGUAUGGGAACUCCCUGUGUUGAAGGUUGCACAUGUGACAAAGGCUUUGUCCUGAGCGAUGGUGAGUGUGUGGCUGCUAAGCAGUGUGGCUGUACUGAGAAGGGUCAGUACUAUCAGCUGGGUCAGGAAUUCUUCCCUCAGGACAAGUGCCAGCAGAGAUGUGUCUGCAAAGAGAAUGGAAGAGUUCAGUGUAAUGAUGGAUUCACCUGCAAACCAAACCAGAAGUGCCAGGUUCUGAAUGGAGUUCUGGGUUGUUUCCCAGAGAGCAAAGCCAUUUGCUCAGUGUCAGGCUUUGGGCUUUAUCAGACAUUCGAUGGGAAGUCCUUCACUGUUGAAGGAGACUGUGGGUAUAGAUUGGCAGAGACAGUUCAGAACAAGGUUGAGGACAUGAACUCUUUCAGUGUAUUAGUCAAACAGCAGUCCUCCUCUGAGAUAGUCUUUACUCGAAGAGUGGAAAUACAAAUAAAACAAUCCACGAUUACUUUGCUGCCCGGCCACAUCUGGGAGGUUCAGGUGAACAACGUUAAAACCAAUCUCCCUGUGACUGUGAAUGAUGGACUGGUACAAGUCUAUCAGAGCGGUGUUAACAUUGUUGUGGAAACAGAUUUUGGAUUGAAACUGACAUAUGAUACAGUCUCCAUGGCCAAAAUCGAGAUCCCAUCAACUUUUAAAAAUGCAGUCAAAGGUCUCUGUGGUAACUACAAUGGAAACAGUGCAGAUGAUUUUCUCCUGCCAGAUGGUAUUCAGACAUCUUCCAUGGAGUACUUUGCUGAGUCCUGGGUUUUGCCAUCAGAUAAAAUGAUGUGCCAAACAAUUUGUGGCCCCAAAUGUUUAAAUCCGGACAAAGACAAACAGACAGAGGCAGAAACACCUUGCAGUAUGCUAAUCACAGAGAAGGGACCAUUUUCUGGUUGUUACGAAAAAAUUCCACCUCAGAAAUUCUUCGAUGAAUGUGUUAAAGAUGUGGCAGCACAAACAAAAGACAAGACUGUUCACUGUCGCCACAUACAAAGGUAUGUUGCCAGCUGUCAAGAGAUUGGGACAUCAAUCAACAACUGGAGGAAUAAAACCUUCUGUGCACUUGAGUGUUCGGCAAACAGUCACUAUGAGCUUUGUGCUGACACUUGUUCUUCAACCUGCGCCAGCCUGACUAACUCACAGGAUUGUCCACCAUGUCAGGAAGGAUGUCAGUGUGAUGAUGGCUUCUUGUUUGAUGGAGGUGAAUGUAAGACUUUGCAGGACUGUGGUUGUAAUGUAGAUGGAACGUUUUACAAGUCAGGUGAGACAGUCAUUCAAGGACAGUGUAAAGAGAAAUGCCUCUGCAAAGCCGGAGUGUUCUCCUGUGAACCAUUGAAAUGUGAUGCAGAUCAGAUCUGUGACAAAAAAGAAGGUGUAACUGGGUGCUACAAGAAAGAUCCUUGCAGUAACUAUGAGUGCCGUGAACAAGAGUACUGCACUGUAAAGGACAAUAAGGCACUGUGCGUUGCAAAGUCAAAGGCCUCUUGCAUUGCCAAAGGAGAUCCUCAUUACAAAACCUUUGAUGGAAACCAUUUCUCCUUCCAGGGUACUUGCUCCUAUACUUUAGUUAAAACUUCAGGCAAAGACCUAACACUAACACCUUUCAGCAUCGUCAACAAGAAUGAGAUGCUCAAAGGCACACGUGGUUCUUAUGUGAAGUCAGCCACCAUUACAGUCAGAGGACAUGACAUCACUUUCAUCCAAGGCAACCGCAAUCACGUGACAAUUGAUGGCACAGUUUCAAACCUUCCUGUAAGUUUAAACUCUGAGGGGAUCAACGUAACGCAAUCGGGCACUACAGGGGUCCUGCAGACAGAUUUUGGCUUGGAGGUCAUGUUUAAUUGGGCGGAUACCCUCAUGGUGACAUUGUCCAGUAGCUAUUAUAAUAACAUAGUUGGAAUGUGUGGAACCUACAGUAAUGACCUGCAGGAUGAUUAUGUCACACCGAGUGGUAACAGCAUGACAGACAUCACAGAAUGGGCAAAGUCUUGGAGUGUCCCUGAAAGCAACAGCAACUGCUGGCACUUUCCCCCUUGCUCAGAUGAUAAGAAGUUACUAUAUAGUGGACAAAGCUACUGUGGCUUGUUAGAGAAUGCGAAAGGCCCAUUUGCCCAGUGCCAUGACAUCAUUUCAAAGAGGCGAUUCGCUGCUGACUGCCUUUUCCAAAUGUGUCUCAAUGAUGGAAGUCAAAAUGCUUUCUGCAAUGCCUUCAAUAAUUAUGUGUCCUCCUGUGCACUGGUAAAGGCUGACGUGUCUCCAGAGUGGAAACAGCUCGCGAAAUGCUGAUGAAGAUAUAUUUCUCAAGUCGCUUGGAUCCCAGUGAAAAUGCAAAUUACUAAAUAAAUAAUAUUCUGUUUUGCAUUUCACAGUUAAUAUAUUGACAUAUAACAUAUAACAGUUUUUGUCAUUACUUAAUAACAGUUUU